AUGCUCACGGUCAAGCUCGCCAACAAGGAAAAAGAGGUGGAGACGCUGCGGUGCAAGCAAAACGCGGUUGAUACAGAAUUUGCAGGGCAGGAUCGCCAACUACGACAGCAACAGGAAGAACACGCGCGGGUUGUUAGUGAGCUGACGACGACGAACCAGGAGCUGCAGCGACAAGUGCAGCACCUGCAGAUUCAGAGCGAACGGCUACAAGCUGAUAGUGAGACUCAGCGCACAGCUGCACUUGAGCAAAGGAGACUACGCGAGAAGGAGCAAGCCCAAGCACGAUUAGAGAGCAAAACUCACCACCAAAUUGUAGACGAGCUUCGACGAGAGCGGGAGAAAAGCGUCAACGAUCGAUACGCUCUGGAAAACAAGCUGCAGCGACUCCUCCAAGACCAUCAAAGCGAAGCCAACGUGGUUGCUCAGUUCGAAUCGAGGUGCAGCCAACUUGAAAACGAAAUUCAAGAAUCUCAGCAAAUUUGUCAACAGCUUCGCGAGGCUCUUGUUAGUGAGAGACAGAAGCGUGCAGAAGCUGAAAGGUUAUCAAAGAAGUUCGAAGAGGAAAAGGCUGCUCUUGAGGACAAGCAGCGAGCGUUGAUGAAGGUA